UAGAUCUAGUUCUGUGAUUUUUUUUUACUGUUACUCCAUUUUUUUAAUUUCACGGAUACGAUAAUGAAGAAAUGUGCUGGAUUUUGUAUUACAUAAGAUUAGCUGCGCAUUAAACAUAGCAAGCGUAGUCAACAAGGCUAGUUGAGUUGAGAGUUGAUUUCUGUGUUCGAUCGCACACACGAUGAACCCCAGAGCCAAUUUUGUCAUAAUGGCACUCAGAGAAAAUACAAUAAACUUUGAACUGGAUACAGAUACUAGGAUGGCAGCACAGUGUUUAUUAGCGAUGUCAAACAGACAGAAUGAUCAUACGUAUGUGUUGACGUGCGAUCCACCGAUUUGUGAAACCAACAUCGGGAACGAUGAAAUAAAACAAGAAUGCUACGAAGAUAAUCAAGGACACUCAGAUUGUCGAUCAGACUUUUUGCCUGUUGGUGAUUGUUUGAGUGCAAAUUUAGUUGCACGAAUAUUGACUGAUCUUAAAACAAUAAAACAAGACAAUAACUACCAUGAAGAUUUUAAUAUUUCUGUCUCUAGGCCGAGUUCUAUCGGAUCGUAUGAAAACACUUCGGCUUCGAAAAACGGAUCGACCACGCCUACUCUGGACCGAAGACUUAUGGAAGACGCAUUAAUUAAGGCCAACAGCAUUCACGGGAAAAAAAUUCAUACUUGUCCUUAUUCAGGGUGUGGAAAAUCGUACAAUAAAAGUUCUCAUUUAAAAUCUCACAUCAGAACGCAUACAGGAGAGCGCCCAUUUGAGUGUAAUUGGGAUGGUUGUGAAAAAAGGUUUGCCAGAUCUGAUGAGUUGACACGUCACAAAAGAACACAUACAGGGGAAAAGAAUUUCAAAUGUCCCAUGUGUGAGAAAAGAUUUAUGCGCAGUGACCACCUAAAGAAGCACGCCAAACGUCAUGCCCUCUACCACCCCAGCAUGAUUCCUACAGGUAUGAGGCACGCCAUCUCCCACAGCCACUAUCCUACAGACCUGCCAUACCAGGCCCUGUCAGAUGACCAGGAUCUCUACAGUGAUGGGACAUCUCAUGAGUCAAACUCGAGUCCUUCUGCGCCAUUAUAACUUAGCAGGUUAAAGUUCAAUGUUCUCAGGCUGCUAAUAUUUGACAGUGUUAAUUUCUUGACAGUGUGCCCAAUUAGACUGUCAUUGAAGUUUUAUCCUUAUGGUUUUUAGAUCUAGAGUAAACCUUAGUACUAGUUUAAGCUGUUGAGUAAAAUACAAUACUUUUGUAACAUUUUGCUUUGUAUUGGUUUGUUGAUUGGGAUAUAACUCAUCAUGCAUUGCUAUUAUUUCCAUGCAUGUUCUGUACAUUUUUUGAUGUGUUACUGACUUACGACAAUUAAAAACAUUGCCUUAUUAAUGUUGACAACUCCAUGCCAUUCUGUAUUAAACUGUUGCAUUCAUGACAAAUUAUACUUCUAGAUUUAAAUGUUUGCUUUUAAUGAUAAGACAGCCAUUUUUCUUCUUUUAUCAUAAUUACAACUCCACCUUUUAAUUGUUAACCUUCAAGAUAAUGCUAGUUGGCAUUGGAUUUGAGCAAGCUAAAAAGUCUGGUCUAUCUGCUGCAGAUCUCAAUGUUAUUGUUUGUAAAACAUUGUAGAACAGAGUGGUUAUAUUUGUUUACUACAUCAUAAAUGUUUUCCCCUCCCCCACUCCUUACUUGUAUGACUGUUUAGUUUGGCAACAGCAUGCUUUAGUGAAAGCUGUCAAUGUGCCCAGUCAUUUAAAAUAACUUACUUUUUCUACACUGGUUUUUAAAAACGUGAAUUUAAUUUUCCAACAGAAUAUAUCUGUCUUAAAUUUGAGUACAUGCUGUUUUUGUUUUAAAAUGUCUACCUUCCUUCUGAUCUGCAUACUUCUUAAUUUUUUUUUCUCAAUGUAUCUCUGCUAUAUAUUUACAUAUCCCUAUUUGUAUUGUUGAAAUGGUAGUUAAUCAUUUUCACUUGUAAAGUAUCCAUUUUGUCUUUUUCACUCUUAUUUUUUUUAUUCACUUGUAAAAGAAAGAGCAUUAUUAUUAUUUGGUUCUGGAGCUAAAAAAACAACAAAAUAUCUUAAGGCCAGUAAUUAAGAAGUGAACUUAAUGAUAAUCAAAUCUGUUGCACAUUGCCUAAAGUUUGAUAAUGACUUUGUAUCUUGAUUUGCUCUUUGUUAAAUGUUGAGUAAGCUAGCAAAGUGUGAACAAUCAAGGCUAACUAUUAACUUGAACUUUUUGAGAAGACUCAUUUAUAAAUGCUCAGUAUUAACUAGCUUAAGAAUUAUGUCUUGGCUGUCUACUGUAUAUAUAAAAAGUUAAAAACUCCAUCCAUUUUUUUAGGCAAAACGUGUAAGAAACCAAACUGUAAAUAAUGCUCAGGUUUUUUUUUGUUUUUUCUGUUCAAUACCUUUUGGUGUUGAAUCCGUCCCAUUUCACCAUUAUACUGUGUUCAUGUGAAUGCCACAAAUUUAUCUUCUUACAAUCUUUUUCUCCAAAUGAGCAUGGUCAACUAUAAAACAGGGUCUUUAAUUUAUUGAUUGUUUGUAAUAAUGGUAGAUGACACAUUUCUUGUCUUAGGUUAUAAACAAUAUGCAUUGUGUUCUAUAGAAUUGAUUUUUCUCAAAAAUUAAUUAUGUAGUCAAGCAAUGGUUUAGUGUUUUUGUAUGUUGAUAUAUAAUUGUUUUAAUAAUCAUAUUGCUGUAAUUAUUGUUGUAGGUAUGUUUGUAGAAUGGUUU